AUGGGGACUGACGAGGGCACUGCAUCAGAUCCCCAAAGUCUUCUUGGGGAGCAGCACCUGCGCUGCCGGCACCAGCGCGGGCUCUCGGGCAAGUGGAGCGACGUGUGGACUGCCGGGGUGACAGGAGGGACCCGCCGGCUGAGCCCGCCCCCUGGUGGGUGUGCAGCCACCUGCGCGCUUGGCCCUGUGGUCUCCCCACCCCCUGGCGGGGAAGGAAGCUUUGAGGCGCUCCGCGCGCCGCUGGCGGUCUGCGUUGUGACCCGAGUACCUUCCACCUUGGAGCCACGGUUUCCUUGUCCGAAUGCUGAUGACAAGAGGCACUUAGCGGCUGUUGAGAUUAGAGGAGAUAACGUAAGCGUCCCGCUGUUCACUGCCACCACUAGCAGGGUGCCUUAUACAAACGACUUGCUGUUAUUACCAGUGAAGCGCCUUGUAAAUCCCAAUUGCCGGGCCGUCUCCUGUGGUGAGGAUUUCACGGUUGAACAGAGACACCCGAGACUGUCACCUCCACCUCACCCCAGUCCUUGGGCUGUAGGUGAGGACGAAGUAGAACGGAUAGUGAAAGCCAAUGACCGUGAACAUAAUGAAAAGUUCCAGUACGCAUCAGCAGUGUUCACAGAGGAGCACUAUCAUCUUGUCCUGCCUCCCAACCUUGAGGGCGAUACACUGCUCACUGGGCACCGUUUGACUAACAUUGAGGAGUUGUGGUUCUGCCUGGGCUGUCAAGACAUAACAAUGUUUCAUCAAAUGUGGGAAGAUCUGAGAGGGCUGAAACUGUGGUGCUCAUUGCGAAAGCUCCUGGGGUUUGGCCUGUGGGAUCACAAGACGCAGGCAACGUCCUGGGACAACCACCAGAUGCAUUUUGGCUUGGCCUUCUGUGACUCAUUCCUUAAGGAUAAUUGUAUCCACACAUCCAAGUACAACAUUCUUACCUUUUUGCCAAUUAAUUUAUUUGAACAGUUCCAAAGAGUGGCAAAUGCCUAUUUCCUUUUCCUUCUGAUUUUACAGCUGAUUCCAGAAAUCUCUUCCUUGACCUGGUUUACCACCAUGGUGCCUUUGGUCCUGGUGAUAACUAUGACAGCUGUCAAAGAUGCCACAGAUGACUAUUUUCGCCAUAAGAGUGAUAAUCAAGUGAAUAAUCGGCUAUCUGAAGUGCUCAUCGACAGCAAACUGCAGAAUGAAAAAUGGAUGAAUGUCAAAGUGGGAGACAUCGUUAAAUUAGAAAAUAACCAGUUUGUUGCUGCUGAUCUGCUUCUCCUAUCAAGUAGUGAGCCACAUGGCCUCUGUUAUAUUGAAACUGCUGAGCUUGAUGGGGAAACGAACCUGAAAGUCCGCCAUGCGCUAUCAGUUACCUCAGAACUUGGAGCAGAUGUUAGCAGACUUGCAAAGUUUGAUGGGACUGUUGUCUGUGAGGCGCCUAACAACAAAUUAGAUAAAUUCACAGGAGUUCUCUCUUGGAAGGACAGCAAGCACUCCCUCAACAAUGAGAAGAUAAUCCUGAGGGGUUGCAUCCUGAGAAACACCAGCUGGUGUUUCGGAAUGGUUAUAUUUGCAGGUCCCGACACUAAAUUAAUGCAGAACAGUGGUAAGACAAAGUUUAAGAGGACAAGCAUUGAUAGACUGAUGAAUACUCUAGUACUAUGGAUUUUUGGGUUUCUGGUAUGCAUGGGAAUUAUUCUCGCAAUAGGAAAUUCAAUCUGGGAGAAUCAAGUUGGGGACCAAUUCAGAACUUUCCUCUUUUGGAAUGAAGGAGAGAAGAACUCUGUGUUCUCGGGAUUCUUAACAUUCUGGUCAUAUAUUAUUAUUCUCAAUACAGUUGUGCCCAUUUCAUUAUAUGUGAGUAUGGAAGUCAUUCGUCUGGGACACAGUUAUUUUAUAAACUGGGAUCGGAAGAUGUAUUACCCUGAAAAAGCAACACCUGCUGAAGCUCGGACGACCACUCUCAAUGAGGAACUGGGCCAGAUUGAAUACAUUUUCUCUGACAAAACAGGCACCCUCACUGAAAACAUCAUGACUUUUAAAAAAUGUUCUAUUAAUGGGAAAAUCUAUGGUGAAGCUGAUGAUGACAUGGGUCAGAAGACAGACAUGACUAAGAAAAAUAAACCUGUGGAUUUCGCAGUUAAUCCGCAAGCAGAUAGAACAUGUCAGUUCUCUGACCACCGUCUGAUGGAAUCCAUUAAACUGGGGGAUUCCAAAGUGUAUGAAUUUCUUAGGGUACUUGCUCUUUGCCACACCGUCAUGUCGGAGGAAAAUAGUGCAGGGCAGCUGAUUUACCAAGUUCAGUCACCUGAUGAAGGGGCUUUAGUGACUGCUGCAAGAAAUUUGGGGUUCAUUUUUAAGUCUCGAACCUCAGAGACAAUAACAAUAGAAGAAUUGGGAACACUGGUUACUUACCAACUUCUUGCCUUCUUGGACUUCAACAAUAUCAGAAAAAGGAUGUCUGUCAUAGUUAGAAACCCAGAAGGACAGAUAAAGCUUUAUUCCAAAGGAGCAGACACUAUUCUGUUUGAAAAACUUCAUCCAUCCAAUGAAGACCUUCUGACUUUGACGACAGACCAUCUCAGUGAAUUUGCAGGGGAAGGUCUUCGAACUUUGGCCAUCGCAUACAGAGAUCUGGAUGACAAGUACUUUAAAGAAUGGCAUAAGAUGCUUGAAGAUGCAAAUGCUCUUAUAGAUGAGAGAGAUGAACGGGUAGCUGGGCUAUAUGAAGAAAUUGAAAGGGAUUUGAUGCUACUAGGUGCUACUGCUGUAGAAGAUAAGUUACAAGAGGGUGUUAUUGAAACAGUUACAAAUUUAUCGCUAGCCAAUAUUAAGAUCUGGGUCCUAACAGGAGACAAACAAGAAACUGCCAUCAACAUUGGCUAUGCCUGCAACAUGCUGACUGAUGAUAUGAAUGAUGUGUUCAUUAUAUCAGGGAACACGGCAGUGGAAGUCAGAGAAGAACUCAGAAAAGCAAAGGAAAAUUUGUUUGAACAAAACAGAAGUUUUUCCAAUGGCCACGUAGUUUUUGAAAAACAGCAGCUGGAGUUGGACUCAGUUGUAGAAGAAACCAUAACAGGAGAUUAUGCCUUAAUCAUCAAUGGCCACAGUUUGGCCCAUGCCCUAGAAAGUGGUAUCAAGGGUGAUCUCCUAGAACUUGCCUGCAUGUGUAAGACUGUGGUUUGCUGCCGAGUCACCCCACUCCAGAAAGCCCAAGUAGUAGAGCUGGUGAAGAAGUACAGAAAUGCUGUCACUUUGGCCAUAGGUGAUGGAGCCAAUGAUGUCAGCAUGAUCAAAAGUGCUCACAUUGGUGUUGGCAUCAGCGGUCAGGAAGGAAUGCAGGCAGUCUUAGCCAGUGACUAUUCAUUCGCACAAUUUAGAUACCUCCAAAGGCUUCUCCUUGUUCAUGGAAGGUGGUCCUAUUUCCGAAUGUGCAAAUUCUUAUGCUAUUUUUUCUAUAAGAAUUUUGCAUUCACACUUGUGCAUUUCUGGUUUGGUUUCUUCUGCGGCUUCUCAGCCCAGACCGUUUACGACCAGUGGUUCAUUACCCUUUUUAACAUUGUUUACACAUCACUUCCUGUUUUAGCCAUGGGGAUUUUUGACCAGGAUGUGGAUGACCAGAACAGCAUGGACUAUCCCCAGCUCUAUGAACCUGGACAGCUCAAUCUGCUGUUUAACAAGCGUAAAUUUUUUAUCUGCAUGGCACAUGGCAUCUACACCUCAUUGGCCCUUUUCUUCAUACCCUAUGGAGCCUUUUACAAUGUGGCCGGAGAUGAUGGGCAGCACGUUGCUGACUACCAGUCUUUUGCAGUUACCAUGGCUACAUCGUUGGUCAUUGUGGUCAGUGUGCAGAUAGCCUUGGAUACCAGUUACUGGACUGUCAUUAAUCAUGUCUUCAUCUGGGGGAGCGUUGCCACUUAUUUCUCCAUUUUAUUUACAAUGCACAGUAAUGGCAUCUUUGGCAUCUUCCCAAACCAGUUUCCAUUUGUUGGAAAUGCACGACAUUCUUUGGCCCAGAAGUGCAUCUGGCUUGUUAUUCUCUUAACGACAGUGGCUUCUGUUAUGCCUGUGGUGGCAUUCAGAUUUUUGAAAGUGGAUUUAUGCCCAGCCCUGAGUGACCAGAUCCGUCGGAGGCAAAAAGCUCAAAAGAAGGCAAAGCCCUCACGUAGCCGAAGGCCUCAGACUCGCAGGUCAAGCUCAAGAAGAUCUGGAUAUGCUUUUGCUCACCAAGAGGGCUAUGGAGAGCUUAUCACAUCUGGAAAAAAUAUGCGAGCUAAAAAUCCACCCCCAACACCAGGGCUGGAAAAGACACUGUAUAAUAGCACUAGCUGGAUUGAAAAUUUAUGUAAGAAAACCACAGACACAGUGAGCAGCUUUAGCCUGGAUAAAACAGUAAAACUGUGAGUCAAGAUGAAUGUAAACCACAUAGCUACUUUUCACUUCAGCCGAAGCUGAAAUUCAGCUGGCUCCAGAGUUUGCGAUCAGGGGCUGAGGUGGGCAGAUUGCCUCAGUUCAAAUCUCUGGCAAACAACUGCCAGGGCCCACCAAAUAGGG